CUGGGGGCGGGCAGUGCUGGCGACGCCGCGGAGCUCGCAGAGUGGCUCGCGCUUCCCAGCGUCUGUGCCCGGCCCCUUGUGCGUGCGGUGCCCGUGGUGCCAUGGCCGCGGCCGCCCGCCCGCCCCGUCCGCUGGCCCUGCUCUUGAUGCCGCUGCCGCUGCUGCUGCUGCUGCUGGGCGCCGGCCCCGUGUAUGCUGACAGUAAGGUGUUCGGGGACAUGGACCAGGUGCGGAUGACCUCGGAGGGCUCCGACUGCCGCUGCAAGUGCAUCAUGCGGCCGCUGAGCAAGGACGCCUGCAGCCGGGUGCGCAGCGGGCGGGCGCGGGUGGAGGACUUCUACACCGUGGAGACGGUGAGCUCCGGGUCCGACUGCCGCUGCUCCUGCACGGCGCCGCCCUCCUCGCUCAACCCCUGCGAGAACGAAUGGAAGAUGGAAAAACUCAAAAAGCAGGCGCCCGAACUUCUCAAGCUGCAGUCCAUGGUGGAUCUCCUGGAGGGCACCCUGUACAGCAUGGACCUGAUGAAAGUACACGCCUACGUCCACAAGGUGGCUUCCCAGAUGAACACGUUGGAAGAGAGUGUCAAGGCCAACCUGAGCCGUGAGAAUGAGGUGGUGAAGGAGAGUGUGCGUCACCUCAGUGAACAGCUGAAGCACUAUGAGAACCACUCGGCCAUCAUGAUGGGCAUCAAGAAGGAACUGUCCAGCCUGGGCCUCCAGCUGCUGCAGAAGGAUGCAGCUGCAGCCCCAGCCGCUGCCCCAGCCACAGGCCCUGGGAUCAAGGCUCAGGACACAGCUGGAGGAAAAGGUAAGGGUACCAACAAAUACGGUGGUGUGCAGAAGAGCUUUGUAGACAGGAGCCUCCCAAAACCUCCUAAGGAGAAGCUGCUGAAGGUGGAGAAGCUGAGGCAGGAGAGCAGCAAGAGCAGACUUCCCCAGCCCACAGCCAAGCCCCGGGCCCUGGCCCAGCAGCAAGCCGUGAUCCGGGGCUUCACCUACUACAAGGCAGGCGGUCAGGAGGUGACUGAGCCAGUGGCUGAUAAUGCCCUCAAGGGCACUUCCUGGCUGGAACAACUGCCAACCAAGGUGGAGAGCAGGCCACCUGAACCCAACUCUGCGGAGCAGGACGGGGCUGAGCCCAGGUUCUCAGAGGGAGCAGCUUUGGCCCCUGGCACGACCACCUCAGAGCCUACCACCACCACCACCCCAACUCCCACCACUAGUCCCCUGCCCACUGAGCCACCUUCACGCCCAGAAGUGCCCAGCCCAGACAGGGAGGCGAGCUGCGAAGGCACCCUCCGGGCCGUGGACCCCCCUCUGAGGCACCACAGCUACGGGCGCCACGAGGGGGCCUGGAUGAAGGACCCUGCCGCCCGGGAUGACAGGAUCUACGUCACCAACUACUACUAUGGAAACAGCCUGGUGGAGUUCCGCAACCUGGAGAACUUCAAGCAAGGCCGCUGGAGUAACAUGUACAAGCUGCCCUACAACUGGAUCGGCACGGGCCACGUGGUGUACCAGGGCGCCUUCUACUACAACCGCGCCUUCACGCGCAACAUCAUCAAAUACGACCUGCGCCAGCGCUUCGUGGCCGCCUGGGCGCUGCUGCCCGACGUGGUGUACGAGGAUACCACGCCCUGGAAGUGGCGCGGCCACUCGGACAUCGACUUCGCCGUGGACGAGAGCGGCCUGUGGGUCAUCUACCCCGCCGUGGAUGACCGUGACGAGUCUCAGCCCGAGGUGAUAGUGCUGAGCCGCCUGGACCCGGGCGACCUCUCCACUCACCGCGAGACCACGUGGAAGACACGGCUGCGGCGCAACUCCUAUGGAAACUGCUUCCUGGUGUGCGGCAUCCUGUACGCGGUGGACACGUACAACCAGCGAGAGGGCCAGGUGGCCUAUGCCUUCGACACGCACACGGGCACCGACGCCCGCCCCCAGCUGCCCUUCCUCAACGAGCACGCCUACACCACCCAGAUCGACUACAACCCCAAGGAGCGUGUGCUCUACGCCUGGGACAACGGCCACCAGCUCACCUACACCCUCCACUUCGUGGUCUGAGCUGGGGACCUGCCGCAGGGGAGGGGGAGGCACUGGAGGAGGGGCUCUCCGUGUCAAGCCCUGCAGCCCCCCCAAUCAGCGAGUACCUACUAGGGGCCAGCCCAGGCUGGGGGCUAGGCAUGGGGGGCUACUGGGCCUCGAGCUUCCUCUGUACCCAAGGGGUAACCCUCACUUCCACUCACAGAGCAUUGUGCCAAGGCUUACACGCACUUAGAACCUGUUUAACAUUCCCAGCACCACCCUUGGAGGGAGAGGUCGUGCAGCCCAUUUGACAAAUGAGGAAUCCACACUUAGAGGGAGGGUAGCUUGCCUUGAGCUCAGGCAGAAUGAAGACAUUUCUCCUUUCUCUUCCCCUUCCUCCUCCAUCCCCUUAAUUGGCUCUGUCUCCCCUCCCAGGACCACUCCAGACCAGAAGCCUCUGGGGCCAAUGUGCUUAUGGUGCAUGGAUGUCCCAGCUCUGCCUGCCACCCAGGCCCCUGUCUGGCUCAGCUUGAUGCCCUGGGCUGUGGGCCCCUUGGUCCAUGUCCCUGCUUCUUGCCUUUGGCCAUCCCCCCAUCCCACCCCACCCACUGUCCGGCCACAUUCCAAGCCUCUACAGUCACCUAGCCACUGAGCAGAAACCACACCCAGAGAGAAAAUACUGGCCCCUGUUCCAAGGCCCCCUCCCUUCUGUCCUCAUUUUUAUUUUCUCUUAUUCUUCAUCAGUGCCGUCAUCUGUUUCUGCAACAACAGCUGAGAAGGCGGCAGGCAGCUGCCUGCCAGCAGCAGCUCUACCAGGGUGGGGAGCUGAGCUGAGGCUCCCUCUCCACUCAGAAGCACCAGCGUUGGCCACACACACAGGCCUGGAGUCUUCUUAUUCCCUCCAAAAGCCUUUGGGCCUGGGUUCCGCCUUGUCCUCUCUCUCUGGGCCUUCAAACCCACAACCUAUACACACUCAGGGAUACCUCCAGGUCUGCCAUGAAUGAGACCCUAGACCCAAGGCUGGGGUGGUACCAGAAUGGAGCCAGUUCUCUCUUUCUUGUUAGUCCCGACCUGGUAAUUUGGUGUGCUGGCCCAGCAGCCUGAUGGGCUGAGGAAGACGGGGCCUGAACAACAGCAAGCUGCCUUCUGGUUGUAGGUUGUAGGAAAGAGCUAGGGUUUGGAAGCAGGGAGGGGAGGACUAAGGGUCUGCAAAUAAGUUUUUCCUGGCUUUAGAGAUGGGGCAACCUACAACUUGGGGUGGGGGACUACAGGUGGGCCACCUUGCCUGGGGCUGCUGAUGGCUCCCCAGAGCCUCAGACCCAGGCAGCCCAGAGGACAGAACCUUCCAGCAUGCCAUUCAUCUGCUUUGUACAGUCUUUUUUUUUUUUUUUUUUUUAAACAGAGUCUCACUACGUCGCCUUGGGUAGAGUGCUGUGGCGUCACAGCUCACAGCAACCUCAAACUCUUGGACUUAAGUGAUUCUCUUGCCUCAGCCUCCCAAGUAGCUGGGACUACAGGCACCCACCACCAUACCUGGCUAUUUUUUGGUUGCAGUUUUUCAUUGUUGUUUAGCAGGCCCGGGCCAGGUUCAAACCUGCCAGCCUCUGUGCAUGUGGCUGGCACCGUAACCACUGUGCUAUGGGUGCUGAACCUGCUUUACAGUAUUUUUAGAGCUAGAAAGAAGUUCUCUAGCCAAAUUCCUGUUUCAUCAAAGGGAAAAUAGAUCCAGAAAGGUUUAGAGGGGAGCCCACCAUCACACUGAUCUCCUUCUAGCAGGGUUUUGUCUAUAUCCCUUAUUCUCCAGCAUGGAGACAGUAGACCACCUGGCACCCAAGCCAUCCAGCACUUACAAAGGAAGGAUAUUUACUGCUGAUCCUUACACAGCCCCCUACCCCGCUGCCCUCUUUCUGCCCCCAUGCCAGCUCCUGGGAAUACCCGGUUGCCAUGUUAGGAAAUUCAGCUGCAUAGACAAGAGUAGAAGGAAACGGGUUUUGUGCAGAAUACAUUUCUUUCAAGCAUUGUCAGGUGAUUUUGUUUUGUUGAAGCUAUAAGUCAUCCUUGAAAUAAAGGGGAAUGGUGGCACCCAGGCCUGACUCAUAGUGGUGGACACAUCCAGCUUCCCCUGGCCAGCCAACUGCCACAGGCCCCACUUGCAGACUCUUCAGGGGGCUGCAAGGCCCCACAUUUCCCUUGGCCCCGGGUGUGGGUUUUACAAGACUAUGUCUUUCAUGACAUCAUAGCCCAGCCACGUGAGAAUAAAGACAAGGCCCCUUUUUCUUCAUUAGUUGGAGAAUAGGGAAAACUAGACUAGGCUGAUUUUUAAAAAUUAAAGGACAAGCAGCCCUGCAUUUUGUGGUUAGGGGUGCUGGCCAGAGUCCCCAAACAUUCACUAGGCCCUUUCUGUUUUCGGGCUUCUGCACUGGGUUAGGUAGUAGGUACAGUUAUUUUUCCAAUUUUUACACAUGUUCACACUGGAGCUCAGAAUAAUGAACUCACUUGUCUCAUAGGUGGUUAAGUGACAAGCUAGUUUUCAAAGUCAGGUAAUAAAACCAGCAGUAUGCUCAGCAUGUCCCAUGUAUAACUCCUUGUAUCUUCACAUCAAUGGAAGGUACAUAGCCUGCAUGUUCCCAUUUUACAGAUGAGGACACUGAGGAGAAGGGACUCCCCAGGUUCACAUGGCAGCUUAGUCUGUGGCAGGGUUGGGGUUCCAGGGCUGGUUGAUGCAUGUUCUUUACCAACUGCCUGCCACUCAGUGGCAGCUUCAGAUUGUCAUGGCCAUUGCCUUCAUCCCAUGUGGCCAGGCCACAAACUGCAUCCACACAGAAGCUCCAAGAAGGAGGUCAGAGCCAGCUUAUACAAAGCCAGAAGGCCAAGCCAAGGUGUGGCCACCUCUAGUCAUUUAAAUAAUAAAGCUGAGUAUAAAGUAACAGAGAAAGGAAAAUUCUUAGACUGUUAGUGAUGAGAGGCAGGGAAGGGAUUUGGGGGAACCGGAGCCAGCUCUACAGGAAAGUGACCUCUACCAGCUUUGGGAUUUUUUUUUAACCUAUCUUGGGCUUUAUUAUGUUUGGCAAAAGGUACUUCAAACAAGGAAGGGCCUGGACUGAGGAGGGAGGGACAGUCUCUGACCACCUCAUCUGUAAGGGCGAAGGAGACUGGCUCUGGUGUUUCUGACAACGUGAUACUUUGGCUUUGGCUUCUACCUUUGGUUCCUCCUAAAGAUUUCUAGGCCUUAAAUUUAAUCUGUUCUCUCUGGGGAGGAAAGAAGGAAGUUUCUGCCUUGGUAGGAACACUAAAGGUGAGGUCAGGGAAUCUUCCUGGGAAUGAUUUGAGGGGCUUCUGAAAGCCCACGUGUUCUGAAACAUCUGUGACAGCGUUGGGAAUCACUAUGGCAACAGAAGGACAUAGUGCUGGAUAAUUGUCAGAAAGCCCUGAAGGGAGUUAGGGAGGUGGGUGAAGUCCAACCCCACCUCUUUCAUGCUACUAGCUUGUGACAAGUUCUCUCCUCCCUGCCCUGCCCCCUGCACCCCUCCCCUACUACUGAAGACACACAGCUCAGUGAGGACAAGGGCCACAGAAGCCCAGGCAGCUCCCUCCUAGAGCUAGAGACACAUUUAUACAUAUUACCAGCAAUCCAUCCAGGAACCCACGAGGUUAGCUUUAUUUUUCCCCAUUACAGGUAAUGAACCUCAAGUUCAGAGAGGUUAAGUAACCUCCUCAGGGUCAUAGCUCUUAACAAGUAGCAGAGUCCAGAUUUGAACCAAGUCUGUUUUUAUACCAAAGCCCCAAACUAACUAUUGUUAGGAAUCUUGUAACCAGUCAUGUUUUCUUCUUUGUUUUGGCUGCUGGGACGCUCAAAGUCAAACUUUGAGGCCCUUUUUAACAACUGUGCUCAGUCUUCUACUGGACUCUCUUCAUUCUAGCUCUCUGCUUUUACCUUUACCUGCAUCUCUUUAUUUUUAUUCUCGUGUACUUUAUCUAUUUUUGUAAGUUGCCAUGAUACUUUUCUGCAACAUGUUGGAAUAUACCUAAAUAAAGACAUGAUCAGAAGUUUGAU